ACUGGAGUGGAUUUGGAGCUACUUUCGGCCCCCAGGUGGCCGCCUGGCUUUUUCUCAGCCUUCAGAUAUAUAAGAUAAGUUUUCCAAGAUUCGCUUCCGGAACCAGCGGAAGAAAGUGAGCAGAAAGGAUUAGAUCUUCUUUGGAGAGGAGUUCGGGUGUACCCUGUACUUCAAAGAUUGUGGAGUUAAUAUCGUGAUCCUUUGCCGUACAUGUAACCAACCAGGAAGUGUUCUUUCCUAGGAUCUAACUUGGUGAAAUGUUUAAAAGACCGCAAAUGAAUGGGCAGUCGUGAGUUGAGUUGUGCACGCAGAUGGACAACAACAUGACGUCACAGUGGACAACAAUGAAUGGACAUUCUCACGAGUUGAAGUCUGAACACAGAGACUGGGUUGCCUCGUGAGAUAAUGCAGAAUUCAACUGGACUCUGAACCGUUGCGUAUUGAAAUUUCCUUCAUUUGCCCCGAGGAGAUUGUUACAGUUGUUAGCUCUUCUGGUGAUUGCGGCAUUAUGUCAAAUCAGAUGGAGUUGGUCAACUUGUCAUUCCUCACAGAAAAAGAGAAGGAACUAAUCAUGAAAGUUCUCAUCCGUGAUGAGCAGCUGCGGACGCUGGAGGAAAAGCGGAUAAGGAAGUUGAAGAUGGAGCUGCUGGAAAUCCGGCGCAAGGGAGCCAAACGUGGAAGUGUGGAGUACAGUGAUAAGACUUGUGCGCGCUGUCAGGAGAGUCUUGGCCUCUUUCUCAAGAGUGGGCAUGCGUGCAAGCAGUGUAACCACCUGGUGUGCAAGGAAUGUGGUGCUGAAGAUGCAGACAGAGUAUGGAAAUGCAACGUGUGCGUCAAAGAGUCGAAGCUGAAGAAACAGACUGGAGAUUGGUUCUUUGAACACCGAGCGAAAAGACACAGUGUUGAUUUUGGUAGUGAUAUAAUAAGAGCAUCACUAAAGAGGAAACAUGGGAUGAAUAAGCGAGAGACGAUGGGGCAGGCAUUGCUGCAAAAGGUGCUGGCCAAUGACGCAAAGGCAAACACUGAGGCAAAGUCACAGCAGAAGGUCUUUGAAGAUGAAGGCAAAGGUUCUAGCAACCAGUCUGAAACCCAAGAGGCUGAUGAUCAGCUAAGCGACACAGAGUCCACUGGACAUGUGAGUGUCAGCAGCAACAAGAGCAGCGUACACUCUGCCUCCAGACACAACACCCUCAAAAAUUCCAGGCGGAAUUCCUUAACUGAAAGCAACCUCGGUAAUAUGAAUGGUUUUCCCGUUUCCCGGCCCGUUGUCUCAGGCAGCAUGACUCUUCCAGCCACGUCAACUACACCUGCCAAAAACAGAAACAACCUGCAAUCUGACUUAAAUAACGAAACUCGCACAAAAAUAGACAACAAAAUUUCAGGGGAUGAAAAUGCUCCAGAAGACAUGUUUAAAAAGAGUAUAAAAGCAACUCUAAAACCCGCAGAUUAUAGUAAAUCGGUGAUGGAUCUUCGCGUAUCGGAUUCUACAGAGAAGGAGGAAUCCAUGGGAGACCGCAGUCGGUCAGUUCCAGGUCUCAAUGUAGAACAGGAUGAGGAAGAGGAGGAUAUUGAUAAAUUGGUGUCAAUGCACCGUUUGACAAAUCCUCGCCAAAGCCUCAAGAGUGGAAGUUCUGUGAGUACAAUAGGCAGCAUGGUCAGUAUCUAUAGUGAAGCAGGUGACUUUGGCAAUGUUACCAUCACUGGGGAGAUUAUCUUCUUCCUCCGCUAUGACCAAAAGAAACAAGCACUUAAUAUACACGUGAAGGAAUGCCGCAACCUGGCUUAUGGGGAUGAGAACAAGAGGAGAUCAAACCCCUAUGUGAAGUCUUAUCUGUUACCUGAUAAAUCACGGCAAAGUAAACGCAAGACUACAAUUAAGCGUAACACAACCAACCCUAUCUACGAUGAAAUCUUACGGUAUGACAUCAGCGAAUCACAGUUAACUAUGAGGACGUUGCAACUUUCUGUAUGGCACUAUGAUCGCUUUGGACGCAAUAUAUUCCUGGGAGAGGUGGACCUGUCGUUUGAUGUUUGUAAAUUCAACAGUGAUUCAGAAGAGUGCCUUCCCCUUCAUGGCAAGGCAAAUGAAGAGGCUGGGUCUAUCCCUCCUUACAAAGGGGAGCUGGUAAUUUCAAUAAAAUACAUCCCAAGUACCAAAACUGCUCUUGCAAGCAAGAGCAAAGGAAAGAAAGGCGCAAGGUCAGAAGAGGGUGGAGAGCUGCAGGUGUGGAUUAAGGAGGCCAGGAACCUUACACCAAUGAAAGUAGGAGGAACUUCAGACACUUUUGUCAAAGGGUACCUUCUGCCAUUCAGAAACAAAACUUCAAAGAGGAAAACGCCAGUGAUGAAGAAGACGCUGAACCCUCACUACAACCACACCUUUGUGUACAAUGGCAUAAAAUUGGAGGACCUGCAGCAUGUUUGUCUGGAACUGACAAUCUGGGAUAGAGAGCCCCUGUCAACAAAUGACUUUCUGGGAGGAGUCCGUCUCGGAGUUGGAAGUGGAAUGAGCAAUGGACAGAAAGUGGAAUGGAUGGAUUCAACUGGGGAAGAGAUCAACAUUUGGCAAAGGAUGACCCAAUAUCCUGGCUCCUGGGUUGAAGGAACUCUGCUGCUUCGACCAGAUAUGACAGGACAUACAUAAUCAAUGGAUUCAGGCCAAUCAUUUGAUUAGUAUAUUGUGAAAGUGAUUUCUAUAAUGCAAACAACACUAUUUUAUUCCUAAAUCAACAAAUCCAUACAACCUUUUCUAUCAAAGUUGUCUCUCAGAAAUCAAAUUAAUUUGCUGAAGAAUGGAUAUAACUAACUCCUGGAAUUCACAAAAACAAAACUGGAAAUAUGGUACAUGGAGGCUUGACCAUGUCAAGAAAGAGGAAGUGAAGAAAAUUGGUGCAAGGGGAAGUUUUUAAAAAAGCCACUCUUUAUUCUACUCUUCCUUUUUCUUCCUCCUCUCACUCUAAUCAGCAAGAAAAAUUACAAAUUCAGUCAUUACAAUGUUUUGGGCACUAUUCUUAAUUUCAUUAGUAUAUGUGGAUCUUGUAUUUUGAGAAUGUUAUUUCCUGUUCAUUAAACCAAUGAAAUUAUCAGUAAGAUCAUUCAGAACCUUUGUGCUCACUGCAGUUUCAAGCAUUCAGGCUUGGAGAUGCCAGAAAUGGCCAGGAGUGAAAAAUGAACUAUUUCUCUACUUCAACAAGUUAGGAAAUUUGAAAGUAUCGACAAUCAUCUUGAAUGUUACAAUGAAAAUAAACAUUUGGAGGUUGUAAUUAUCGAUAGCAUUGCAUGAAGGCAGUCCGUUGUCUGCAUUAAUUUUGUUCAUUUAUAGCCAAUCCAAAGAAUGCAGUAGUGUACACUGGAUGAAUUCCUCCUCUGUCGAUAACUAUUAGGAACUAAUACAGUUUUAUAGUACUGUAGUACUGAUGGAAGUGUUCUAAUGUUCUAUAUUUCAUUUAAAUACAUAAUUUGUUACACAGUUUAUUUUUUGAAUCCUGAGGAGUCUUAGGCCGAAACAUCAACUGUUUAUUCAUUUCCAUAGAUGCUGCCUGACCUGCUGAGUUCUUCCAGCAUUUUGUGUGUGUGUGUGUGUGUGUAUGUGGUGCUUUGGAUUUCCAGUAUCUGCAGAUUUUCUCAUGUUUUUUUUUAAAUAUCUUUUUAACUAUUUCCAUGAAACUGGCUAGUUGGGCAGCCACUUAAUUAGGCCCAAAAUGUACUGAUCCCACUGUGUCCCCAUUAACAGGAAUCCACUGUAUUUUAUUACCUUGUGACCAGUCCGUUCCAGGUGUUACCAUCUCUGUUUCAUUUUCUUUUGCCGAGGAACCAAGCCCCGCAUUCAGUUUCUAAGCCUUGUAUUUGACUGGACACAUACAAAUUGUCUUGUGCAAUGGUUUAUUUAGUAUUUUCCAAAAUUGCAAACAUUAUCUCACUUACACAUUUUUGUUGCCACCUUCUCAGGGAUUGAGAGAGCUGUACAAUCUCUGGGCUAGGGAGAAAUGUGCAAGCAAGCAAAGGAGAGACAACAUUUUCCAUUACAUUGAAUUACUGUUAAUGAGGGAGACCAUAGAACUCAGACAAUUUGUCAACACAUUCAUGAACUUGCUACCAAUCUCCAGCGGGCUUGGGCAGAGCCCUGACUCUGGAAAUGAAGGGUGCCUUCACCUGCCAAACUCUCACCCUCUACAUUGACAAGAUGUGGGUCUAUUCAUUGCUGAGAGAGUGCCCAUGGAGGGUACAGAUAUAAAUAAUAUCUAUUGAAUGCACAGACUGGAUUGCCAUAAUAAAUCAGUACUCUACAGCAUAGCACUAAAUAGUAUGGCAGCUCUUGGCAUAGUUCAGUCAGAAGAAUGUAAUCUGUGUCAGCCCUUUGUUAAUUUAACUAUUGACUGAUUAACAUGGUAUCAGAAUCAUAGUUAUUAUCACUGACCAUAUGAUUUGAAAUUUGUUGUUUUUCAGCAGCAAAGACACGAUUACUAUAAAUUUUAUGUCUUUUCACUACCAAUGCCACAAUCAGUUAUAACAACUGAUUCUGAUUAGUUUUUUUGCAGUUAAUUAAUAAAGGCUAUUACAGAUCAGAUUCUUCUGACUGAACUAGUCUAAAAGCUCUAAGCUAGAGAAUUUGAACACGCAUCAAGAAUUUUAAACACCAUUAGGUAGAAAUUCAUCUUUGGUCAUUUUUACUGCAGUACUAUAUACAGUGGAACUUCCAUUUCUAAUUUUAAAAGUGUGUAUAUUAAGGCUAAAGCUAACACCUUUUCCUGUAUCCCUAGUCACAUUUUCCCACAGCACAUUCUAAUUUUUUUUUCAAAAUUCUGAAAAUAUCUUGAAGUUUUGAAAGGAUGUAAAAUCAGCAACAAAAGACCAUAUGUACGAUCUUUCGAUGAGGGAGGGAUGCUAGAAAUGUUCAUACAAACUUUUAAUCCAAGAAGACAUGCAAAAUAUUCAAAUGUUUUGCAUUCAAUGGACAAAUUAAACCUGCUAAAUCAGUAAUUUUUAAAUAUGCAGAAUAUAAAUGAAAGUCAUUGUUUACAAACACUGAAGUACAAAAAGAGCUCAAACCCAUAAUAAUGGAACUUUCUUUUUCUCUGUACCUUAACUCAGAUAAAAUGUAUUGAUUUAAUAAAUAUUA